GUCUAAUCCACCAGUCUACAGGCAACGAAGAGAGAGUGACACGGCGUCAACAGAAGCCGAGCUACUCAGAAGAUGGAAGGAGGCACGGGACCAGGGAUUCCCUCAAGCACCGGUCGGUACAUCCCGCCAAGCCGCAAAACUCCAGGACAGCAGCAAGAAGGAAUGGGUAGAGGUGCAGCCUCGAAUGCAGCAAGAAGCUCGGCGCCACCAGUACAGUCAAGAUCACAACAGGGAGCGGAGGAUCGGGUUCGAGAGUCAGUCAGCAGAUGCUACGACGAAGGCAUCUGCCCGAAUGGACUGGGACUGGGGGAGGUCGUUGAAGAUGAAGAGGGAAGAAGGUUUGUAGUGGAUGAAACUAUGGACAGUAUUAAGGAGAAUUGGUUGAAGGAAAGAACAGUAAUCCUGAUCUUUCAAGAAGAAGCAAGAAACCUCUCAAGACAGGUCAAGGAGGAUCUGAUCAGAGCCUACGAAGAUGGGUGGAUGUCACAACAGAUAUUUGAUCUUGACACGAGAAGAGGCAGAAUUCGUUUCGAAGGCCAGAAUGUUGUUUCAUACGUGGCCAAGGCAAAGGAAGUUGCAGACUGGAUGCUAAGAUCGAAGGAGGCAAAACUAAAACUGGGAAAUAAAGAGUACCUUACAAUAUUCAAGCCUUGGAUGCCACGUCAGGAGCUUCGGGACACGAAACUGCAAGAUGCGGAAAAGAACUUCUGGAUUGUAGCCUUGAGAGUACAGGUAGAUGCUUACUACUACUUAGGCGAAGCAGUCGGAGGGAUGUUCGGGGAAGUGCUGGAGAUGCACCCCCCCGAAUACGAUAGAACGCGACCGAAGCUGAUGAAUGUCAAGAUGGACAUGCACCCAGAUGCAAGAUUCAACGUUGACGACGUCCUGGUGAUUGAAUCCCCUAAAGGUGAAAGAUGGAGAGUCGAGAUAGCUACUCCAUUCACAGAUUGGUGCAGGAAAUGCAAGUGGUAUUUCCACACAGAGGAAAAUUGUCCACGGUCGCAACAAAAUGAUGAAGGGAGAAGGGAAGGAGGUGCUCGGGCAGGUGGACACAAGGAACGCUUCCUUCAGCACACGCUGAACAGGGUCCCUCGAACAAGGCGGGAGGAGGGGUCAGAUAAUACACGAGGCCACAGGCAGGACAGGGAGGCAGGGGCCAAUGAGAGAGACAGAUCAGUCAGGAGUGAAGGACAGUGGGCUCAACAGUCCGCCCCGGUGAGGCGUACCUACAGCCACCCAAGCCGAAACUCAAGUCAUCAGGGUGGUCACACAGCUCCUACACACGCAGACAGAGGGCAGGAGGCAAGAGUGGCCCCAGAAUUUCGAGGAGGAAUGCAGCCUUCACAUCCAUCCCUCUUGCCCACAUGGGAACAGCGGGGAACCUGGCCGAUAUCCUCGAUCCCAGAGAACUUUGUUCCCCCAAGGGACGAGAGGGAGCUGGAUUGGAGAAUGCAAGACACUGGACGAGGGUGCUAUGGCAGAUACGAUGGAACAUACACAGAGCCUGCAGGACACAGCGGCCUUUUGGGAUACACGCAAGACUAUCCAGGGUAUGAUCAAUGGAUCAACACAGGUCCACCAGUGAACUACCAUCAGCAUGAGCUACAGAUCCAAGCGUACAGCACCUUCCCCGACUAUCCUAAGCCGCGGUACCCAUCCAGUUCAUACCACUGGAGGGAGCUAGCUCAACACCAAGUGCAGCAAGGAACAGGCAUGCUGGAACAGGCCGGGCAGAACGCGAUGGGAGAAACAGGUUGCUCUUUGGGUGGAGACCGUCAGCACGGGCUAAUGAAACAAAGGAGGAGGAAUGGAAAGACUUGGCGAACGUGGGUGGAGGAGGAAACGAGGAGACAGGAUGUUAUCACCAGAUCCGAGGCAGAUAGGUUGAGUAACCAAGAUAGAGUAGCGAGAAGAUUGGAGUCAGGGGGAGAAGAGUGGGCAAUCAUGACGGUCUACGCGCCUACAGAGGCAGGGGAGCGCGCGAGGUUCUUCGCCAGCCUUGUCUCUCACAUUCCAAAGAUAGACAACCUGAUUAUAGCAGGGGACUGGAAUCUGUCCUUCCACGAAGCCUUGAAGCCAGACUCAGCAACUGCAGGCAGGAAAGAUGUGCAGACACUCCUGGAGCUAGCAUCAGAACUCGAGAUGGCGGACCCAUUCAGGAUCCUGAAUCCCGGGAACCCAGGCUACACCUGGAUGUCCCACGUGCAUCGCAGAGGGGGGACGGUGUCCAGGCGAAGACUGGACUACUACCUAACCACAGAAUCAGUCCUAAGUGGCGUCACGGCAGUGCAGGAGGUCUGCAACCCGCUGUCGGAUCACAAACCUGUGAUCGCAGACAUCAAGUUAAGUGUAAGCUCAGAGUGGGGAAAGGGUUUCUUCAGGCUUAACGCACAGAACCUGGAGGACCCAGGUCUGGUGGAAUGGGUAGAUCAGCACAUGAAAGAAUGGGAUGGAGCCAAGGACCUCUUCCAAUCUGCAGAGGACUGGUUGGAUGGGGGCAUCGCUAUUGUAUCCAGCACGCUGAGUGUUUGCUCAAAAAUUCUAGCAAAGAUAAGGAAUCGGAAGGAAGCGGAGUGUAAGAAAAGAGUAGAAGAGGCAGAAGAAAGGAUGGAGGGGCAUCCUAUUUCGGCCUUGGUAUGGGCAACAGAGAGGGGGAAGAGGAUGGCAGAAUGGGAAGACCUGCAAUCAGAGAAGGAGCGAACAUGGUCCGACCUGCUGAAGGAGAAAGGUAUUGAAGUCAACGACAAGAUGAACAAGGAAACUUUCCAAAAGUUGCUACCUCGACGCUCAAGGCAGCAAAUGGUGGAACUUAGGCAUCCCUUUGAUGAAACAGCGCCUACGGCUUCCACGGCGACAGGGAUGCUCGACUACGCUAGACUGUACUACGAGGAUAUCCUCACCACCCGCCGGCCGCAAGACAACAUACACACCGACCUGACGGAGGUCUCGAGCUUGUGGGAGGACACGCAGGGGAGACUCCCACUUUCAGCAAAGCUAGAUCUGGAYAGACCUCUUAYCUUCGAGGAGACCACCCAAACAUUGAAGUCCAUGGCGAAAGGCAAGGCGCCCGGUAUCGAUGGGYUGACGGUGGAGUUCUACUCCAAAUGCUGGGGUGCGGUAGGACCACCACUGGUGGAACUCUACAACGAGGUGCUGAUGGGAGGCAGGCUGGGUARGAAGAUGRCMCACGGUGUUAUCUCGGUACUCUUCAAGAAGGGGGACAAAGCGGAGGUGAGGAACUGGCGCCCGAUCUCCUUACUCAAUGUCUCGUACAAAAUCUUGGCCAAGACAUUAGCAAGGAGAUUAGGGAGGUACCUACCUGGGCUGGUGGAGAAAGACCAAGGUGCUUUCGUUCAAGGGCGCUCCAUCUUCAACAACAUCGCAACCGCCAUCGAGGUCCUGGAGGUGGUACAAUCUGAGAACUUGGAUACAGCGGUAUUGCUGCUGGACUUGGAAAAGGCCUAUGACAAGGUGGGAUGGACGUUCGUCAUGACCACACUAAAGCACAUGGGGUUUGGCGGUGGUUUUUGCAACUGGGAACCGCUGUCGGAAAUGAAAACCCGGCUGCAAGGACUCAGGCGUGUAGAGGAAAACUGGCUCGCAUUGCUCGAGGCCAUACCGCAAGACUGGAAAGACAUCCUGGGCCCGGAAGGGGUGGACCCAAUAGGCACGUGGUAUGUGGCGGAGGACCGGGAAAGGGGGGGUACCGUUUGGAAGAUUACUGAGAUCCUGCCCAGUGGGUUCCGGAUGGUGGAAAGCUGGCAAUGUGAGGGGGAAGGGAACAGGCUGAGUCUUGUGGGGAACGAGGUAAUCCAAUGUUGGAGGAACCCCCCACAGGCCCGGAUUGUAGAACGCCAUGAACCAGGCAGUCAGGUGGAGUCGCUAGUCUGGAUUGGCCGCUCCCCGCUCAGGCAACUGCGCAUUGACCCCCUAGCAUGGAGUUGGAGCAGGCAAAAUUCAAAUGGCGCAACAGCUGGCCCGCUGUUCAUGUCCAAGUACACUACAAGAGAAGGAUAUGUACUUGCGAACAAAGCUGUCAGAUCCCCAGCAUCUGUGGCAGUAUCAAGAUGGUCCAAGGUGUUGGGGGAAACUGCUGCACCAACAGAGCCCAACUUUGAAAGGCUGUGGAAGGAGUUGGAACUCCUUCCGAACGUUAACUGCAUAGUCGGAUGGCGUUCGCAGUUGUUACUGCGGUUAGGUGCAUAGUCAGUCAGUUGUUACUGCGGUUAACUGCAUAAUCACACUUGAACGCAGUUGUUACUGCAGUUAACUGCAUA